AUGACUGCUGACCCCCCCGCCAAGAAGGAGUGUAUGGGCGCCGACUGCCAGAACGAAGCUGGAUCCCUCCAAUGCCCAACUUGUCUGAAGCUGGGAGUCAAGGACAGCUACUUCUGCUCUCAGGAGUGCUUUAAGAGAAACUGGGGCAUUCACAAGACAAUGCACAAGUCGCAAACUACCGGCUAUUAUAACCCUUUCCCCAACUUUCCGUACUCUGGAACCUUGCGACCCGUCUAUCCUCUGUCGCCGCACCGAACUCUUCCUCAGUCGAUUCCUCACCCCGUGUGGUGGCAAGACGGCAACCCCAGAUACAGCCGAUCCCUCACCAACCGUAACAAGAUCGAAUUUCUCGACAAGAAGGGCCAGGAUGCUAUGCGAAAGAGUUGCAGGCUUGCGCGAGAGGUCCUCGACAUCGCGGCCGCUGCCGCUAAGCCUGGCGUGACGACCGACUACAUCGAUGAGAUCGUUCACAAGGCUUGUAUCGAGCGAAACUCCUACCCCUCUCCUCUGAACUACAACAACUUCCCCAAGUCUUGCUGCACGUCAGUUAACGAAGUCAUCUGUCACGGUAUUCCUGACCAGCGUGUUCUGCUAGACGGUGACAUUCUCAACAUCGACGUUUCCCUGUACCACGAAGGGUACCACGCCGAUUUGAACGAGACGUAUUACAUUGGAGACAAGGCCAAGGCCGAUCCCGACACUGUUCGUGUGGUUGAGACGGCACGACAAUGCUUGGAUGAGUCUAUCAAGGCCGUUAAGCCCGGCACUCUGAUCCGAGAAUUUGGUAACAUUAUUGAGAAGCACGCCAAGAAGCACAACUGCAGCGUUAUCCGAACUUACUGUGGCCAUGGAGUCGGCAAGCUUUUCCACUGCCCUCCCAACGUCCCUCACUACGCCAAGAACAAGACUGUUGGAGAGUGCAAGCCCGGGAUGACCUUCACUAUUGAGCCCAUGAUUGCUCUGGGCAAGUAUAGAGAUAUCACCUGGCCUGAUAACUGGACCAGCACCACCAUCGAUGGCAAGCUGACAGCUCAGUUUGAGCACACCCUUCUAGUUACAGAAGAUGGGGUUGAGAUCUUGACCGCGAGACAGCCAGAUUCUCCUGGUGGCGCCCUACCGAUGCCUGGCACUGAGAACGGAGAGGCCGAGGCAUAG